AAGCAAAAAAAUAACAAGAAUUAUAAAAUCUAAAAAAAAAAACAAAGAAAAAAAGGUGUAGAUACUCAAAGCAAAAGCGGGUUUUAAGUUGUUGUUGUUGUUGCUGGUAUUUUGUUUUUCUGUUUAAUGAAAAAAAAUAUAUAGAAACGAGACGAGAGUGUAGCGUAGUGUACGCAGAAAAAAUAACUGAAGUGAAAAUAAUUUAAGGAAAAUGCAAUAAAUUAAUUAAACAAAACCCACUAACAAACAGCAAGUGCUUUUUUUUAUCUGAAAAAAUAUAACAAAAAAAAAUAAAUCUUUAUUAAAACAAAAACAACAGCAAAUUAUCUAUAAAUAUUUAACAUCACAAAUUAUUUGAAAAAUUUUAAGUGUUGCUAGAAAUUUGCUGAAAAACGAAAUUAAACGGAAACGAUACGUGAUAUAAACCGAUAUUUUGUUACUACAACUUUGAGAUUUUUUGUUUUUGUAAUACGAAUUUUUUAACAUACAUUUUAAUGGUCAAUGAAGGGCAAUAAAAAUGGUGAUUGUAACACGCGGUGACUACAUCUGGAUAGAACCCGCUACGGGCAGAGAAUUCGAUGUAGCCAUUGGUGCUCGUGUCAUAUCAGCGGAGGGAAGGCGCAUACAAGUACGUGAUGAUGAUGGUGACGAGAUAUGGUUAUCGCCCGAGAGGCGCAUUAAAGCAAUGCAUGCCUCUUCGGUGCAAGGUGUGGAAGACAUGAUCUCCUUGGGAGAUCUACAUGAAGCGGGAAUUUUAAGAAAUUUAUUAAUACGUUACAAAGAUAAUUUAAUAUAUACCUACACCGGUUCCAUUUUGGUGGCUGUCAAUCCUUAUCAAAUACUACCCAUCUAUACGGCCGAUCAAAUUAAACUAUAUAAAGAACGUAAGAUAGGAGAAUUGCCGCCGCAUAUCUUUGCUAUAGGCGAUAAUGCCUAUGCUCAUAUGAAACGUUAUCGCCAGGAUCAAUGUAUAGUAAUAUCGGGUGAAUCGGGUGCCGGUAAGACGGAGAGCACAAAAUUAAUUUUACAAUAUUUGGCAGCCAUUAGCGGUAAACACUCAUGGAUUGAACAGCAGAUAUUAGAAGCUAAUCCUAUCUUGGAAGCUUUUGGUAAUGCUAAGACUGUACGAAAUGAUAAUUCCUCUAGAUUUGGCAAAUAUAUUGAUAUACACUUUAGUGCCAAUGGCGUUAUAGAGGGAGCCAAAAUCGAACAAUAUCUUUUAGAGAAAUCUCGUAUUGUUUCACAGAAUCAUAGUGAACGUAAUUAUCAUAUAUUUUAUUGUAUAUUGGCGGGUUUAUCGGCCGAGGAGAAGAGACGUUUGGAUUUGGGCAAUGCAUCGGAUUAUAAAUAUCUAACGGGCGGUGACUGCAUUACCUGUGAGGGCCGAGAUGAUACUGCUGAAUUUUCCGACAUACGUUCGGCCAUGAAAGUUCUGCUCUUCACUGAUCAAGAAAUUUGGGAAAUAAUUAAACUGUUAGCGGCCCUUCUGCAUUGCGGCAACAUUAAGUAUAAAGCCACAGUGGUGGACAAUUUAGAUGCUACCGAAAUUCCCGAACAUAUAAAUGUAGAGCGUGUUGCGGCUCUUCUAGGUCUGCCCAUGCAACCUUUAAUGGAUGCUCUAACCCGGCGUACACUCUUUGCUCAUGGUGAGACAGUGGUUUCAACACUUUCGCGUGAUCAGUCGGUAGAUGUGCGUGAUGCCUUUGUCAAGGGCAUAUAUGGUCGUUUGUUUGUGCAUAUAGUGCGCAAGAUAAAUACGGCUAUUUAUAAGCCCCGGGCCACUUCGCGUAAUGCUAUAGGUGUUUUGGAUAUAUUUGGUUUUGAGAAUUUCGAUCAGAAUAGUUUUGAACAAUUCUGUAUUAAUUAUGCCAAUGAGAACUUGCAGCAGUUCUUUGUACAGCACAUUUUCAAGUUGGAACAGGAGGAAUACAAUCAUGAGGGCAUUAACUGGCAGCAUAUAGAGUUUGUGGAUAAUCAAGAUGCCUUGGAUUUGAUAGCCAUUAAACAGUUGAACAUUAUGGCUUUAAUAGAUGAAGAGGCCCGUUUUCCCAAGGGCACGGAUCACACUAUGCUGGCUAAAUUGCACAAAACCCAUGGUACCCAUAAGAACUACUUGAAACCCAAAUCGGAUAUUAAUACCAGUUUUGGCUUGAACCAUUUCGCUGGCGUGGUGUUCUAUGAUACUAGUGGUUUCUUAGACAAGAAUCGUGAUACUUUUAGUCCCGAUUUACUGCAUCUAGUUAGUCAGAGUAGUAAUAAGUUUUUGAGACAAAUAUUCAGCCAGGAUAUAGAAAUGGGCGCCGAGACACGCAAGCGCACACCCACCUUAUCGACACAGUUUAAGAAGAGUUUAGAUGCUUUGAUGAAGACAUUGUGCUCCUGCCAGCCUUUCUUUAUACGUUGCAUUAAGCCCAAUGAGGUCAAGAAACCCAUGAUGUUUGAUCGAGGUUUAUGCUGCCGGCAACUGCGUUAUUCGGGCAUGAUGGAAACUAUACGUAUAAGAAGAGCAGGUUAUCCCAUACGCCAUGGUUUUCGAGAUUUUGUGGAACGUUAUAGAUUUCUGAUACCGGGAGUACCGCCGGCUCAUAGAACCGAUUGCCGUUUGGCUACGUCGCGCAUAUGUGCCGCCGUUUUGGGUAAAUCCGAUUAUCAAUUGGGUCACACUAAAGUUUUCCUUAAAGAUGCCCACGAUUUGUUUUUGGAACAGGAACGUGAUCGUGUUUUAACGCGUAAGAUCUUGAUUUUACAACGCACCAUUAGAGGCUGGGUUUAUCGCAGGCGGUUCUUGCGCAUGCGGGCCGCAGCCAUAACCGUGCAACGCUAUUGGAAGGGUUAUGCCCAGCGUAAACGUUAUGAGAAAAUGCGUGUGGGCUAUAUGCGUUUGCAGGCUUUGAUACGUUCCAGAGUUUUGUCGCAUCGUUUCCGCCACCUAAGAGGCCAUAUAGUGGGUUUGCAGGCCCACGCUCGUGGCUAUUUGGUGCGUCGUGAAUAUGGCCAUAAAAUGUGGGCCAUAAUUAAGAUUCAAUCGCAUGUCCGAAGAAUGAUAGCCAUGCGCAAAUAUAACAAACUAAGGGAGGAAUAUAAAAAGUUUGCCGAGGUUUUGCAUUUGCGCAAACUGGAAGAGCAAGAACUCAUGCAUAAGGGCAAUAAACAUGCUCGAGAGAUAGCGGAGCAACACUACCGAGAUCGUCUGCAUGAAAUGGAGCGCCGAGAAAUGGAACAGGAAAUUGAGGAGCGAAGGCGAGUAGAAGUUAAGAAGAAUUUGAUUAAUGAUGCCGCCCGCAAGCAGGAUGAACCGGUAGAUGAUGGCAAACUGGUGGAGGCCAUGUUUGAUUUUCUACCCGAUUCCAGUAGUGAGGCCCCGACACCGCAUGGUGGCCGAGAAACCUCGGUGUUUAAUGAUUUGCCUCAUGGCCAGCAUGUCAAUCAAGAGGAUUGCAUUGGACCCAUGCAUAUUUCCGAGGAUGAGGAAGAUUUAUCGGAGUUCAAAUUCCAAAAAUUCGCUGCCACUUAUUUCCAAGGCAAUGUCAAUCAUCAAUACUCCAAGAAGGCUUUGAAACAUCCUUUACUACCUUUGCAUACGCAAGGUGAUCAAUUAGCGGCCCAAGCUUUAUGGAUUACUAUUUUGAGGUUUACUGGUGAUAUGCCGGAACCUAAAUAUCAUACCAUGGAUCGCAUGGAUACCACCUCGGUAAUGUCUAAAGUUACCGCUACUUUGGGUAGAAACUUUAUCAGAAGCAAGGAAUUCCAAGAAGCCCAACUUAUGGGUUUGGACCCAGAAGCUUUUCUCAAGCAAAAACCCCGUUCCAUAAGACACAAACUAGUUUCUUUGACAUUAAAACGCAAAAACAAAUUGGGUGAAGAUGUUAGAAGACGUCUGCAAGAUGAGGAGUACACUGCUGAUAGCUAUCAAUCCUGGCUGCAAUCGCGUCCUACUUCAAAUCUCGAAAAGUUGCAUUUCAUUAUAGGCCAUGGUAUUUUAAGGGCUGAGCUAAGAGAUGAAAUCUAUUGUCAGAUAUGCAAACAAUUAACCAAUAAUCCUUUGAAAUCCUCUCAUGCUCGAGGCUGGAUUUUGCUGUCAUUGUGUGUGGGUUGUUUUGCUCCCUCGGAGAAAUUUGUUAAUUAUCUAAGGGCCUUUAUAAGGGAGGGUCCUCCAGGAUAUGCUCCUUACUGUGAGGAACGUUUGAAGAGAACCUUUAAUAAUGGCACUCGUAAUCAGCCUCCUUCGUGGCUGGAACUGCAGGCCACCAAAUCGAAAAAACCCAUAAUGUUGCCCAUAACAUUUAUGGAUGGCAAUACCAAGACUUUGCUGGCCGAUUCUGCCACCACCGCUAGGGAAUUGUGCAAUCAAUUGUCGGAUAAGAUUACCCUAAAAGAUCAGUUUGGUUUCUCGCUUUAUAUAGCCCUGUUCGACAAGGUUUCUUCUUUGGGCAGUGGUGGUGAUCAUGUUAUGGAUGCCAUUUCCCAGUGUGAACAAUAUGCCAAGGAACAGGGUGCCCAGGAACGUAAUGCUCCCUGGCGUUUAUUCUUCCGUAAGGAAAUAUUUGCUCCCUGGCAUGAUCCCACCUUUGAUCAGGUGGCCACGAAUCUCAUUUAUCAGCAAGUGGUUAGAGGUGUCAAAUUCGGCGAGUAUCGCUGUGACAAGGAAGAGGAUUUGGCCAUGAUAGCGGCCCAACAGUAUUUCAUAGAAUAUGGCACCGAUAUGUCCAUGGAAAGACUGUUUACUUUGCUGCCCAAUUUCAUACCCGAUUUUUGUCUCACCGGCAUCGAUAAGGCCAUAGAACGUUGGGCUGCCUUAGUUUUACAGGCCUAUAAGAAGUCAUAUUAUGUUAAGGAGAAAAUAGCCUCGCUAAAGAUCAAGGAGGAUAUAGUCAGUUAUGCCAAGUAUAAAUGGCCUUUAUUAUUUUCCAGAUUCUAUGAGGCCUAUCGUAAUUCUGGUCCUAAUCUGCCCAAAAAUGAUGUUAUUAUAGCCGUCAACUGGACGGGGGUGUAUGUGGUCGAUGAUCAGGAACAGGUGUUAUUGGAAUUGAGUUUUCCGGAAAUUACCGCUGUGUCCAGUCAAAAAACUAAUAAAGUUUUUACGCAAACGUUUAGUUUAUCUACGGUGAGGGGUGAAGAGUUCACUUUCCAAAGUCCCAAUGCUGAGGAUAUUAGAGAUUUGGUGGUUUACUUUUUGGAUGGUUUAAAGAAAAGAUCCAAAUUUGUUAUUGCUAUACAAGACUAUCGUGCUCCCUCGGAUGGCUCCAGUUUCUUGUCUUUCUUUAAGGGAGACUUAAUUAUUCUAGAGGAUGAAAGUUGUGGUGAGAAUGUUUUGAAUAAUGGCUGGUGUAUAGGCCGUUGCGAACGUUCCCAGGAAAGGGGAGACUUCCCAGCCGAAACUGUUUAUGUUUUACCCACUCUAUCCAAGCCUCCCCAAGACAUUUUGGCUUUGUUUAAUAUCGAGGAAGCUCAUCAUGGCAGACGUUUAAGUAUGGUAUCAAAUGGUGUUACCGAAACCCGUGACAGACCUCAUACUUUAAUGGAAUAUGCCAUGGAUCAUUUCCGUUUGCCACCCAAGAGAACGGUUUCCAAAACUCUUACCUUAAGUUCGAAACGAUCAGAGGAGAUAUGGCGUUAUUCUCGUGAUCCUAUUAAGGCGCCUUUACUUAGGAAAUUACAGUCUAAAGAGGAAUUAGCGGAAGAGGCUUGUUUUGCUUUUGCCGCUAUUUUGAAAUACAUGGGAGAUUUACCCUCUAAACGGCCCCGAAUGGGUAAUGAAAUUACCGAUCAUAUAUUCGAUGGUCCGCUCAAACAUGAAAUCCUAAGAGAUGAAAUCUAUUGUCAAAUUAUGAAGCAGUUAACCGAUAAUCGUAAUCGCAUUUCUGAGGAACGAGGCUGGGAACUAAUGUGGUUGGCCACUGGUCUUUUCGCCUGUUCACAGGGUUUACUUAAGGAAUUAACACUGUUCCUAAGAACCCGACGACAUCCUAUAUCACAAGAUUCCCUACAUCGUCUGCAGAAAACCAUACGCAAUGGUCAACGUAAAUAUCCUCCUCAUCAGGUUGAAGUGGAGGCCAUACAACACAAAACUACACAAAUAUUCCAUAAAGUAUAUUUCCCCGACGAUACUGAUGAGGCUUUUGAGGUGGACUCCUCUACCAGGGCCAAAGAUUUUUGCCACAAUAUCUCACAACGUUUGUCGCUACGCACCAGUGAGGGUUUUUCGCUAUUCGUGAAAAUUGCCGAUAAAGUUAUAUCCGUACCGGAGGGAGAUUUCUUCUUUGACUUUGUACGACAUCUAACGGAUUGGAUUAAAAAGGCCAGACCCAUACGUGAUGGCACUAAUCCUCAAUUUACUUAUCAAGUUUUCUUUAUGAAAAAAUUGUGGACAAAUACUGUGCCCGGCAAGGAUCGUAAUGCUGAUUUGAUAUUCCAUUAUCAUCAGGAGCUGCCAAAACUAUUAAGGGGUUACCAUAAGUGUUCGCGUGAAGAGGCUGCCAAAUUGGCGGCUUUAGUAUAUCGUGUACGUUAUGGUGAUAAUAAACAAGAAUUGCAGGCCAUACCACAAAUGCUGCGUGAAUUGAUACCCUCCGAUUUAAUGAAAAUGCAAAGUACUAGUGAAUGGAAACGAGCCAUAGUUGCUUCCUAUAAUCAAGAUUCCGGCAUGAGUUCUGAAGAUGCUAAAGUCGCUUUUCUUAAAAUUGUUUAUAGAUGGCCCACUUUUGGCUCAGCCUUCUUUGAAGUUAAACAAACGACUGAACCCAAUUAUCCUGAAAUGUUAUUGAUAGCUAUAAAUAAGCAUGGUGUUAGUUUAAUACAUCCCGUUACAAAGGACAUUUUAAUCACUCAUCCCUUUACUCGUAUUUCGAAUUGGUCUUCGGGCAAUACUUAUUUCCAUAUGACAAUUGGCAAUUUGGUUAGAGGCUCAAAACUAUUGUGUGAGACCUCAUUGGGCUAUAAAAUGGAUGAUUUAUUAACAUCCUAUAUAUCAUUAAUGUUGACAAAUAUGAACAAAAAUCGUACUAUACGCGCAAAUUAAUUAAAUUUUUUAAAUGAAAAUAAAAAAAAAAAAAAA